UUUUAUUUUUGCCUCCAAAAAUGUCGAGUUCUUCGAACUCUACAUUUAAGGCUCUAAAAAUUCUUAAACAGGCUUCUGCAGAGAAGCUUUUGUCUUUGUUGAAUUCCAUCAGUGGAAAAAAAGAUUUAGUUCUUGACCAAGAAAUGAUAAGUUCAUUGGAUUUCAUUCUUAGUUUUAGCCUUCUUAAAAAAUGUAAUGUAGAAAAAGUAUUUAAAUUAACGGCUGGAUCAUCACCAGGAGAAUCAGAAAAAUGUGUUUAUCUUGUUAGACCAACAAUUGAAUAUGCUAAAAUUAUUGUUGAGCAUGUCAAAGCAGAUGAAGGAUCCGGGAAGAAGAGGAAAUAUUUUAUAAUUAAUGUGCCUAGAAAGCUGCACACUUGUGAAGUGGCCAUUGAAGAAGAAGGAGCAUAUGGAUUCAUCCAGCAAAUGGAAUUUCCUCUUGGCUUUUUAAAUCGUGACAAAGAUUUGCUUUCUCUAGAAAUGUCAGACUUCUACAGAAGGUUUUAUUUGGAUGGAGAUUUGACAAACAUAUAUUCUGCUGCAUCAGCUUUAGUUCAGCUGUGUAGAAUUUGUGGACCAAUAAAAAAUAUUUUUGGACAAGGUAGAUGUGCUCAAAUGGUUGUAGACAUGAUGGAUUUGAUGAUGGGGAAAAAGUGUGAUAGUAUUAAUGCUGAUGGCAUAUCACAUUUAAUAAUUCUGGAUAGAGAUAUUGAUUAUGUGUCUGUGCUAUUAUCCCAGCUCACCUAUGAAGGGAUUAUAGAUGAAACGUUUGGAAUCAACAGCGGUCGUGUUAUAUUUCCUAAAGAAGUUUCUGGAAAAGAGCCGAUGAAAGUGACUCUGAACAGUGGAGAUUUAAUAUUUGAAGAAAUCAGAAACUCAUAUUUUGCGAGUGUUUUUGGAUUAUUACGUGAAAAAGCAAAGGAACUUCAAUCUAAAAGUGAAACAUCUGGUAUGUCCUUGGGAGAUAUGAAAGAGUUUGUAUCUAAAGAAGUAAGAAAGAUUCGUCAAGAGCAUGCUGCUCUAACUUUACAUAUUGGAGCAUGUGAAGUAAUAUUAGAUCAGAAACAAGCAGAUAACCUUCAAGAUCGGCUGCAAAUUGAGAGAAGCAUACUUGAAAACCAGAACAUAAAAGAUGCAAUAAUACACACUGAAGACACUAUUAAUAAGCAGGAUCCCUAUGCUAGUGCUUUGAGGUUGAUGUGCUUACUCUCUAUCUGCCAAGAUGGAUUAUUUUCUACUGAUUACCAAACAUUAGCUAAACAGUUUCGACAGAGCUAUGGUAGCAAGUACAUUAUAACCUUGAACAAUCUGAAGAAAACUGGCUUACUCCUAGAACAGUCUCUUUUGCCUCCAAGUACUGGAAAAGUGAGCAAAUUAGAAAAUAAAGCUAACUUUAUUGCUGAAAAAGUUGUGUCAGCUGUGGCGUUUCCAAGAUACAGUUCUUUCAGGGCAGUAGCAAAAAAAUUCAAUCUGAUACCUGUUGAAUCUGACCCUUCCGACUUGAAAAGACCAAAGAAUAUGAGUUAUGUUUUUGGUGGAGCUUAUGUUCCAUUAGUAGGACGGAUAACUGAAGAGGUUAUUGCUACCAAUGACUUCGGGAAUAUUGAAGAAGGAUUGAAGUUGCUUCCUGGUAACACAAUAGUGAGAAAAGCAAAAAACACGCCGUCUGAAGCUGAUGCUCGCCCCAAAACUAUUAUGGUUUAUGUUUUGGGCGGAAUAACAUACGCUGAAGUUGCAGCUUUGAGACUUUUAGGACAAUUACAUAAUUGCUGUAUACUAAUUGCAACAACAUCGUUUUUGAAUGGAAAUUCUUUGAUGAAAGAAUUGUCUUAUUUUGUAGACUGAAUUUAUUUUUACUAUGCCAUCACCAAUUGUUUCAUGUUAUUUUGCAUACACAUUCCAUUGCACUUAUUAAGAGUUUUUCUACUGUUGU